AUGAGCACUAUCGUCCCUGCACUUCGAAAAAUGUCGCGACCCAACUCCGUACCCAUCUCUGCCUUGCCGCUGCCCCCUCCGACGCACGUCCUCGCCCGCAACCUCACUCCAGACCCUGAGGUCUCCUCCACCGCGGAGUUCCGCCAAGUGCUGUCCGAGCGGCCUAGCAUACUUCGCCGGACGCGUUUGUUGCAGCCACAGGCACACUUCUCGUACGUCGCGCCAUGUCCGAUCCCUUUCCCGUACCAGAUCGCAGCUCCCGAGGAUGGCGAGCCUGUCACCGACAAGGCAGCGUACAUCGAGAAGUGGUUGAUCGAGCGCGAAGCCCUGCAGGAGCGGCCUACAGCACCAUCUCCUGUACCGGGCAGACUGAAGAAAUACUAUCCUGCGAAGAGAGAGCAGCCGCAGGUGCUAGUCGCGCUCGCCGGGACGGCCCUGAGAGACUGCGUCCCACAUCUCGACGUGGGCGAUGCAUUUGCAAUGCUCGGAACACCCUCACUUGUUUCUGCGUUAGACGACGAUGUCGAACCGAGUUCUGCUAGGGAAGAGGAGGUCGCGGUGCGGCAGGAGUUGAUUGACGUGCUGGGUGGCCAGGCUAUGUUGAUGAAUGUGGAAGGUGAUCCGGAGACACAUUGGGCGCCUUGGUCGUUGCGGUACAGCGGGCACCAGUUUGGUACGUGGGCGGGACAGCUGGGUGACGGUCGGGCAAUAUCACUCUUGACUACUCCUCAUCCCGAUGAUCCUGAGCUCCUUUAUGAGCUGCAGCUCAAAGGCGCAGGUCGCACACCGUUCUCGAGGUUCGCGGACGGACUGGCCGUCCUCCGCUCCUCCAUUCGUGAAUUCCUGUGCUCAGAAGCCAUGCAUGCCCUCGGCAUCCCCACAACCCGCGCCCUUUCCCUCGUCUCGCUCCCCGCAGUUCCCGUGUACCGCGAGCGCACUGAAAGCGCAUGCGUCCUCGCCCGCGUCGCUCCCUCUUUCCUGCGUAUCGGGAACUUCGAGGCGCUCAAUCCGCCUUUCCUCGGGAGCGGACAGCAGGAACCGCACCUGGAUGCUCUCAGGGUGCUUGGAGAGUGGGUUGCGCGGAGGGUGUUGAAGCUGGAGGGGAUAAAAUGGAGGGGAGAAGAGGGGGAAGAGGGGAACCCGUGGGCGAGGGAGAUGGUAUUGGAAGUGGCGAGGCGCAAUGCGCGGAUGGUGGCGGGGUGGCAGGCAUACGGGUUCAUGCAUGGAGUGAUCAAUACGGACAAUGUCUCCAUUCUUGGCUUUACGAUUGACUACGGCCCGUAUUCUUUCAUGGACGUGUUCGACUCGUUCCAUAUAUGCAAUCACGACGACGGGGAAGGACGCAUAUAUGCGCUCCGUGCGCUCCUCAACGCUCUGUCCCCACUCAUCGGCGCAGAGGCUGAGCGCGGCAAGGCCGUUCCUCCUGGGUGGGCGGACGACGUCCCAGAGGAGAAGCUGGACGAAUUGCGCAAACAGGGCAUGGAGCUCGUGAACGACGAGAUGGUGCGCAUCGCGCAGGAGACGUGCGCCGCAGAGUAUGCUCGGCUCAUGCACAAGCGCCUUGGCCUGCGACGUCUGCAAGAAGAUGAUGAAGCCACACUCUUCCGUCCUCUGCUCGACCUUCUGUCCGAGCAUAAGCUCGACUUUCAUGGCAGCUUCCGUCGCCUGGCGUUCUUCCGCCCCUCAAUAACAGACGACCCACGCAAUGCGCUAAUCUCGAGCAUCCUCGCGCUCUCAGGCGAGCCGCAGAACCUCGACCGCGAAAAGGCGACUCACGACUUGCGCGCAUGGUUGCGGCUAUAUGGGGAACGUAUCGAGGGCGAACGCGAGGAAUGGACUCGGGGUUCCGAGCUGCAGAACGGUGAUCGUGAGGCUGACGUGGACGCGCAGAGGGAGCGCACGAUGAAGGAGGCAAACCCGCGGUUUGUGCUGAGGCAAUGGGUCCUGGAAGAGGUUAUCAAAAACGUAGAACGGGAUGUGGAUGACGGGAAGCAUCUGCUCGCUAAGGUGCUGCAGAUGGCCUGCAAACCAUUCGAGCCCUGGGGUGCAGAGGACCUUCAAGGCGACGAGUCAACACUAGAUGCGGAGAUCAAGGAGGAGCGCAGGUACUGCAGCCUAGGCGACAGGAAACUCCUCGGAUUCCAGUGCAGCUGUUCAAGCUGA